AUGUCCUGGCAAUCCUAUGUUGACACGAGCCUUGUUGGCACCGGCCACAUCGAUAAGGCCGCCAUCAUCAGCGCCGCUGGUGACAGCACCUGGGCUGUGACUCCCGGCUUCGAGGUGAAGCCCGAUGAGAUGAAGUUCAUCGCCGCCGUCGUCGCCGAGAACGGGAACGCCGAGGGCCCUAACGUUAAGAAGGUUUUCGCCGACGGUAUCCACGUUGGCGGUCAGCGUUACGUUGCCUUCAACGUCGAGGGUCGUCACGUCUACGGUCGUCAGGGCAAGACCGGCAUCGUCAUCGUCAAGACGACACAGGCCAUCCUCGUUGCCCACUACGGCGAGAACCACGUUACCGGCAACUCGACACAGACCGUCGAGGCGCUCGCCGAUUACCUCAUCAAGGCUGGCUACUAA